AUGCGUUCUUAUUUCCUUCUGUUUCUGUGUUAUUCGAUCAGUCACGCUCAAGAUCAAGGAACCAUCAAGUUCACAGUUUCACUGAAAGAACAGAAAUCCAAAGAUGACGGCUCCGAUCAGAAGUACGUCUUGCUCACUUCCUCGUUGAAAUGCGACCACAACAAGUGCGACUACAGUUUGACAGUCGGAAAUUAUGCACAGGGAUUUUUCAAAGUUCUUGUCUCUAAUCAAGAGUGAGCCACGCCCCGAAACAUUAAUAUUUACUUUCUCUUCAGAUGCCCAAACUCGAUAUGCAGUGGCUCAUUUGACAAAGAUGAGAGCGCCAAUGUCACAGUGACCAAGAUAUUGUCCGAUCAGAAUAACUGGCUGGAUAUAUUCGAUUUCAAAUACGAAGACUCUCCGAAAAUUGCUGUUCUGGGCUGUGAUUCUGGAUUGUACACCGAUGGAAGUUGCACGAGAAUCACGGAAACAGGCGAGAAUGCUGGCACGUCAUUCUGGGAUGAAGUCUGUGUUUGUUCCACUUCGCAACAACCAUACUGCGACGAUCAAUCCGCCUCGGGAACUUGGUGAGUUCUUUAAUCGUUUUAACUUUUAUAACUCAGGGUUUCAGCUCUUCCGGGACACCGGGUUGGUGGCAGACGGCCGGUGAUUCCAAGUCAACGACAAUGAUGACAUCCACCAAAGGAUCCACGUAUUCUUCUUCUUCGCCCGGAACAACAGUCACCAUUAAUCCCAAAGACAAACACGAUUCUACCUUCAUCUUGUCAGAAUCAAGCGCUGACAACGAUGUGCUCAUCAAAAUCUCGACUAAUGUCGACUGUGACGAAGAGCUGUGCAAGUACACAAUAUCAGUUUUGAAAGAAGCCGCAGAUGGUUACAUUGUCUGGAUCAACAAUACCGAGUGAGUUGAUCAACUAUACUGUAUUCCCGACAAACUACGGUUCCCAGAUGCGGCGACUUGUGCAGCGGUGGCGUUGAGAAAGGAACGAGGCUGCAUGUUUUGAUAAAAAGACUUGGUCAACAUUUGGACAUUUUCACAUUGGAUUACGUGGAAACGCCGAUGUAUACAGUUCUUGGUUGCCAAUCCGGGUUGUCAGAACAAAACAAAUGUGUGCGGCUUGUGGGAAACGCGGAGGUGGAUGACGUGCCGUACAAAGAUCAGUUGUGUAGCUGCUUGGAAACCCAAGCUUCUACUUGUGACGACAGCGUGGAACUCGGAAAGUGCGCCGAUGGAGGAGAUGUCACCUGGUGGAUUGAAGAUGGUGCCAGCUCAUCCACUUCUUCUACCUCUUCCAGUGAACUUACUUCCUCCGGAACCACUUUUCCUCCGCAGAACCCGAACAUCUUCGACUUGUCAUUCAUGUUAUCUGAGGGAGAAACCAAUCCAAAUCCAGCGUAUCCCCCGAACAAUGUCACAAUCACCGCAUUUAUGAACUGUACUACAACUGGAUGUCGGUAUAAUGUAGAAAUUGUCGAUUAUGCUCAAGUCUACUUCACAAUAAAUGUCGACAAUGAAGAGUGAGUCUUCCAAGAUUUACAACCAGACACGUUGUUCUCUCAAGGUGUCCCGGGUCGAUAUGCGACGGCGUACUUGUGAAAGGGCGGUCCGUGGCAGUGACCGUUUUGAGGGGUGGCGAAGUUUUGGAUCUGUUCGAUCUUCAGUUCAUCGACGCUCCGAAUGUGGCGGUUCUGGGGUGCUCUACGGGAAUGUUGAGCUACGAACACUGUCUGAUGGCCAACUAUUACGACACCGUUGUUCAGAAGGAUGACUGGUUGUGUGCAUGUCAGAACAAAGAUGUUUACUGUGACGCGAACUCCGUUUACGGCGAAUGGUUAGUUUAGAUCACUCCGAAAGAUUCUUCGAACUUUGACGUUUCAGUGCUGAUGGGAAGCCGAUGUGGUGGAAAACUCCGGGUCUGACCACUUCAGCAACCCAGUCUACCACGUUGACUCCUGAUUUUCCGUUGAAUAUCAAACUGACAGAAACCGAUGCGAACGAUCAGAGCAUUCAGUACUCAAUAACUGCUGAUAUCUUCUUGGUUUGUGAAGAUAUGGGUUGCACAUUCCAGGUUAACAUUACAAAUCCCGCCGGCGAGUUUUACACCGUUCUGAUGAAUGACAAAACGUUCGUGUACUCAAGUUCUUAAUGCAUCUACUAGUCAUUAAGAUUUACAGAGUUCCGAAUAAUGUGGAAAGCUCAUUCACUCCCACAGAAACCAUAAAAUGGAAUGUGCACAGACAAGGCGAAUACUUGGAAUGGUUUGAAUUGCAAUACAAUAAUGUUGUUGUUCUUGGCUGCUCAAGCGGUUAUGUGACGGCUGGAAAGUGCUUCAAAGUUCAGCAGUUCGACGAGGAACACAAUCGAUAUGACCUGGUGUGCACUUGCGACAGCAGUAACGAUGGCUGUCAAGGAGCCGAUCCCGACGGUGUAUGGUUAGUAAUGGGGACGAAAUUGAGGGUGUAAUUGGUUUCAUUUGCAGCUAUAACGGAACUCCAGAGUGGUGGAAGCCUGAUUCUCCGCUUUACUUGAGUUUUCCAGUAACUUUAUCCGAAGGAAAGACAAAUCAGGAUACAGACCAGGAUACGGUAACCGUGACGGCUUCCAUGAACUGUUCAUUGAUGGUGUGCCACUACGAGGCGGUCAUUGUAAAUGACUCGCCAACUUACUAUACCGUAUUGGUGGACAACCAAGAGUAAACCUCCACCAACAGUGAGCAUCUAACCUGUCAAAUUCAGAUGUGCUUCUCCUUGCCAAGGAACAGUCACUCAGGGUCAACCAGCAUCCGUGACGGUUUACCGUCUCGGACAGCAUCUGGAAUUACUGCAGUUCCAGUAUGAGACGACCCCAAAGAUCAUUGUGAUUGGUUGCGACGGCAUGGUGAAAGAUGGAACACUUGCGCGUAGAACGGAUGCGAAUGAUGACGUUUGUCUUCAUAUUCCAAAUACUAAUUACGCGAAUGGUGGCUAUUAUAACGACGACGUUUGUGUGUGUCAAUCAGUUGGCAACUCUUGUAAUGCUCAGACAUCCAUUGGAAAAUGGUAAGCGUAUAAGCUAGUGUGAAUUUAAUUAAUCGUUCUAGCUCCGAUGGCUAUCUAACCUGGUGGGUGGACGAUGAUUCCACAUUCUCUUCAUCUCCGUCGACGACCUCUCUGUCCACUUCUACGCCCGGCACAACUACUCAAUACGAUCAGCCCAACCAGUUCGAAUACAAAGUUUCUCUGAAUGAGAAGAAAGAGGAGGUGGACACGAAAGAGUUGCAAGUUUCCGCAAGUAUGGUGUGCUCUCUUGAAGAGUGCUCAUACUCGAUUACUAUAAAAAACAGCGCAAAAGAAUACUUUGAAGUCCUCGUUAGCAAUGCUUUGUGAGUGCCACAGCCUAUUUGCUUGCCAAUUUUCAAAAUUCAGGUGUGCGGAAGAUCAAUGCGAUGGAUCGUUCGUAAAAGGGAAAAGUGUGAAUGUGACUGUUUAUCGAGGAAACCAGCAUUUGGAUCUAUUCGAUUUCGAGUACACUCAUAUUCCGAGAAUCGUGGUGCUUGGUUGUGAUGACGGAUUGGCCGAUUUCAGCAAAUGUGUGAAGACAACCGAAUCUUUGAACAUUGGAAAUGAUGCGUACACGGAUGAGGUGUGCAGUUGCCGGAGAACUCAGUUGGACUGUCAAGGAGCACAGGAUGGAGUGUGGUGGGUGCAAGAUCAAGGGAUGAAAGAAAGAUCAGAAUUUCCAGUAGAGCAGGGUACACGAAGUGGUGGGAGGAUAAUGAUGAAUCCACAUCCACGUCAACGUCUGAAGGAACAUCUCCCACCCCUACUGCCACCACGACGACGACGAUAAUAUCAACAACUCCAGAAGGAAUUCCAUCCCUCAAAGAUCUUUCGAAUGUGAAUCUGUUCUUUAAGUUUUCCCAACACAUCCGAAUUUCAGUCUGGAGUUGGACUGAAUAACGUCACUUCAAUUCUCAAUGACACCCUCCACUAUUCGACGCAAGGUAUCCGGCUGAACGGGACUCAAGUCUUUGAGAUCACAAAGAUCCUUCACAAAUCAGCGAAUUUGGCUGGUAUUUCAGCAGAAGUGAUGUUUCUAUUCAGAAUAUGACCGAUAACAACGAGACGUUUCAGAAUGCAGUGCAGAUUCUUAAAAACAUGGAUGAAUGCUUGAAUGCUCAUGAGAAUGAGAUUCGGAAAGGGCAAAAUGACAAAGAGUACCGUCUCCUGGACAUUCUUCGGCCGAUGGUUAGGAAUACCGAUGAGAAAACAAAGGUCAUCCAUUACCUGAAUGGACAGAAUUUGGGAUUCGGUGCUAAGAAAGUUGACUGCUCAGUAAGUGAUACCCUCAUCGAACUGCCUCCAAUUAAAUUUUCAGAAUGCGGAUGCAGAGGAGGGCCUGGUUGACUAUGGUCCUGACGCCGGAUUUGCCUUUCUGAAUGACACAAGCCAGUUGUCGGGGACUCAACACAACUCGGUCACCAUUCCAUUGAAAACUGUCUGUGGCGAUCAGAAAGUCACCCACGUCAUCUAUACCAUUUAUCGCCAUCAAAAACUGUUCAUAGGCCCGCAAAAGUAUCGAGUAUUCGGCGCAGACAACGAUGUGCCUGACGAGGAAGACAGUGUGCAGGACGAGCACGUCAGAUCGAGGAGAGACAUUGCCAACUCGGUUCCGAUGUCACCUCUUUCAAAGUGCACACCGCAGAUAUCCAUUCCGGAUCAGUCUGGCGCGAUGUCAGCAACAGUGAUGAACAACGAAAAAAUUGUGAGCAGACUCUCAACUGCAGCCGAGUCUCCAAUAAUUGCCAAAGUGCAGUUUAAUAUACAGAAAGUUAGAGCUCAACAUGAAACGAUCAACCGAAACCAAGUGAUUCCAGAUUCAACGCCCACUCCACGGUAAAGUCAUUGUCUCGUGGUUCGACACUGAAUCGCAGAUGUGGGCGACGGAAGAGCAGUGCAAAGUGCAGAGUUACGAAAACGGAAUCGUGACUGCCACUUGCGCGCAUCUCACGGACUUUUCGGCCCUAGUAUCCGGCCAGCUCGACUCGCCAAACGUGUGCUCUUUGCCACUGAUCAUUGUGAUGUACACUGUGAAUGGGCUAUCAAUGGCCUGCCUCGUUUUCCUUGUCACCGUCAGCAUCUUGUUCUAGUAAGUGUGUUUUGAAUGUUUCCAACGACAUAAUCUUAUAUUUCAGUUUCCGUAAUCCCAGAAUACGUCGGGUGAUCACGUUCCUUCGUGGACAGUUCCCGCCUCACGGUGACAUCAUCAAUCUUUUGCAUAAUAGCAACUUUCUGUUAUUCUUCAUCCUCACGUUAUUCUUUAUGGAUCAAUCAGAAAAUCAAAGGAAUAUUGGAACGACUUCCCCAAAGUGCGUGUGCAUUGCAGCAACCUCAUACUUCUCGCUCAUCUGGUACCGCAUCCCAGUCCCUCGCAUUCUCAUUUCACUUCCUUUUCAGCGCAACUGUCCUGAACAUGCUAAUCGGAAUCCGAAUGGUCUCUCACUUUCUUCAUCCCACACUCCAAAAGUUCUUCAAAGUGCUGGUCAGCACCCCGGCUGCUCUGGCCAUCGGCGUCAUUUUUCCGUUCACGCUCACUCUCUCACUCGUCAUAUUCAACGAAAACUUCUUCCGACGCGACGACUCCUAUUGCUGGAUCCGUCCCGAUUAUGUCACCUUCGCCGUGAUCAUUCCCAUUCUUCUGCCGACCAUCACCGGUGCUCUCUGCUCAAUUUUGGCUAUUUAUAAGAUAUUCUACCAAUCGAAACGAAGUUUGGCGAACAGUGACACCGCUCAUCACGACGUGGAGUUCUGGUCCAAAGUGAUCGGACUUAUCUUCAUGCAAGUGGCCAUGGGAGUGCCAUGGGUGAGCCAAAGACUGUGAUAGGGUGCUCUUUGAAACAGUUGCUUUUCAGGGAGUCGACUUUGUGAUUAUCGGUCUGGCCGGAGACACAUCUUGGAAUUACAUUUUCGUCAUUCUGCUCGGCUCUCAGGGACUGGAUUUAUUCAUAAUAUUUAUGUACCGUCGGCAGCGUCUUGUCAGAGAGUCGAAGAAAUGGAGUGCAAGAGAGCAAAGGAGAGAGUCGAGGGCGCGGAGGAGAGCAACCACUUUUAUGGAGAACGAAUGAAUUCUUCGACUGAUGCCUAUCUUUGUAGACUAGCUUUACGAGGCCGGAAGGUAUGGCUAUGCGGGUGAUUCAUAUGGAAUGAAGGGUUUUUCAAUCGAUUUCUCUUCUCUUUUUCUUCGUUUUCUGUUUUCCCAUGUUGUUCUUUGCGUGGGCAAACACGGAAUACGAGUGAGCGUCUGUGUGGGCACAAAAGUUCUGGAAAGUGAGUUGACGGAGCGGGUGACGACGGCCGCCUUCUCGACUACGCAAACGCCGUUUUUAUGGGGGUGUUAUCAGUGGGGCAAAGUGACGAGUCGACUCAUCUCUUAUCACUUUUCGCCCGUCGGCUUCUCCUCCUCUCUCGCUCUCAAUUUCUCUUCAGUCCUGCCGGCACCGUAAUUGGUUUAUGCAUUCCGAUGUCCAGCCGUCUCGGACCGGCUCUCUUCUGUCUGAUCGUGCUCUUUGGAGCCGCCGAGACAACCACGUACACGUUCUCGUUCAAAGAGACCAACCUCAAUAACUUUCUGCAAGUCUACUAUGUGAAUGUCCAAGUGGACGUCGCCUAUUCCGACGAUGAAACUGCCACUUUCACAACGACGGUCCUCAACGUCACUCCGCUUCACUUCUCAAUGUUUGUCAAUGGAAGAAAGUAUGUUUCUAUUUUCGUAUACUCUGCCCUUCCAAAUCUCUUAUCAAUUCUGUUUCUGUGACCACCUGGUUCUCAUUUUCAGUUGUGGAAUCAUCAGUUCACUUUGCAAGUUCAAAAUUCAAAAAUGA